AUCAUCUCAAACUUCGGCGUCGAUGUUCUGGAGGCGCUCUCGGGCACCUGCACCCUCUACAGCCGCCGCCGCAUCGGCGCCGCCCAGCUGGUGUGCGAUGCCUUCAUUGCCGUCCUGCUGGUCACGGCGCACGCGGCGGUGCUCAUGUGCGAGGCGAUCCUGUUCUCGGUGGCCAUGAACAGCGCGCGGCACGCGCUGCUGGCGCUGCUGAUCGCGGCCAACUUUGUGGAGCUCAAGGGGCAGGUGUACAAGAGGACGGACACCAGCAAGCUGUGGACGCUCGCCUGCAUG